AUGAAGUUCACCGCUUCCAUUGCUGCGCUCGUCUUGCUGCAAGGCUUUGCCAUGGCCUUGCCGCAGCAGCCCGGUGUCCAGGCCGUUGGGGAGAACCGGCUUCCCCUGACGUACCCCAGGGCCAAGGCACCGCACAAAGGCGGCUCCUGCAAACCUAAACGUCCGACUCCUGUUGGCCCGGAUGUCCCCAAGAACACGACUCUGCCCGGCACCGAGCCCGGCGACAAUCCAGCCAAGCCUAGCCCUCCAGACGAGACGGGAGGUCGAGACCCCGGCGAGAUGAAGGACGACUACCCUGACAAAGACAAGUGUGGUCAAAUUGACAGCAAUGACUUGACAGCAUGCCAAUGUACCGGCUUUGCCGCGUUCCGUGCUGUUAAUCGGAUGGGUGUAACAAACUUCACCCAAUACGGGCAAUGGGGCGACGCGAAAAACUGGGCAAGUGUCGCUCGCCAAGGAGGUCUUACCGUCAACGACACGCCUGCACCUGGAGCCAUUGCCUGUUCUGGGAAGGGCCAGUAUGGACACGUCGCCUUCGUGCAUGCUGUGGAUGGUAACCAGCUCCAAAUCGAGGACUACAACGGAAUCGGGGGCAACGAAAGAUAUGGAAACGGGAAACAGCCCAAGUCUCAGUAUGACGCAUUCAUUCACUUUUAG